AUGUCCGCAAGGCGAACGGUGAGGCCUCAGAAUGGCACAGUAAAGCGCAAAGGCCAUCUUCGGUCUAAGGUGGAAAAGCGGGACGACGACAUCAUCCAUACAAACGAUAGCAGUAUCGUUUCGAAACGAUGUGUCUCGAGACUCUAUCUCAGCGACGAGCCAGACUUUUAUGAGCCAUUUGCUCCAAAGUAUGUUCGCCGCAACCCGCUCAUCAACCGUGGCUACUGGCUGCGAAUGCAUGCCAUAGAGCAAGUUGUCAAGCGCCACCUCGAAGAAGACAGCGGAACAAAGAAGGUGGUAGUGAAUCUAGGAUGUGGAUACGACCCGUUGCCCUUCCAAUUCUGGCAGCGAUAUCCAUUACUCGCUGAAGAAGCCACCUUUGUGGACGUGGACUACCCACAGUUGAUUGAGAAGAAGAGAGACGUAGUCUUUACUAAAAGUCUGCUACGAGAUGCACUUUUAAAGACAAGACUGCGCUCAGCAGACGCGCCUGUCCGUGUUCGAAGUGACCAGUACAUGGCCAUAGGGUGCGAUCUAAGAGACCUCCAACUUCUCGAACAUACCUUGCGAGCUGAGUUGGACGUCCCAAACUCGUCCAUUCUGUUCGUCGCAGAAGUGAGCGUGACUUACAUGCCACUUGCAGAUGCUAACAAGCUGAUACACUGGGCAAAUAGCUUCGACAACUCUCGCUUCUGCGUGUUGGAACAGUAUCUUCCUCAAGGGCCAGAUCACCCCUUCGCACACACCAUGUUGUCACACUUUGACAAGUUGCAUGCAUCAAUCAAUUCUGUCAAGCAGUAUCAAACACUAGCCCAACAGUCGUCAAGAUUCCUCGAUGCGGGUUGGCCUUCGCUAGAAGUGGCUUGCAAUCUGUGGGACUUGUGGAGUGACGACUCCUUCACUUCGCCAUCCCUUCGAAAGAAAGUGGACGCGAUCGAACCCUUUGACGAAUGGGAGGAAUUUGCCCUGUUUGGUGGCCACUACUUCUUGUUAGUCGCAUCAAACGCAAAGGCAGGAGCCGUAUCUCCACCAGGAGUCAGUGCAAUCCCUACAGAUGCGCAAGACAUUUCGAGCCAGACAUCAAUCUCGCUACAAGCCUGGGAGCCACCAGCAGGCUCUGCAUGGACGCCACGGCGCUUCUCUGCGGCAUUCUCCCUUGAUGAUUACUAUGUUGCCAUGCACGGCGGACAGGGUCCACAGAAUCGCUUGUCGAGCAUGAGCGCACUGAGUCGCGGCAAUGCGGAUUACCAAACCCAGUCAGAAUCUACACAGCAGCCAUCAGCGCGCAUGUGCCACACAACCACAUCGAUAAACAAAACUAGCGCGCUGUUGAUCGGUGGCCGGGCAUCUCCCACUCAAGCACUGGCAGAUUGCUGGCUAAUAAAUCACGGCAAAUGGUCUGCAGUAGAUGACAUACCGUCACCACGAUACAGGCACUCUGCCGUUGCCGUGAAGGUAUCGUAUGACAUGUCUCAGACUACAGGCGUUUUGGUCUUUGGCGGCAAAACCAGCGACGGCACAGUGUUGGACGACUGGUUCCUGUGGACGUCCAACAACGGCUGGCACAGUAUUCCCGUUGACGGUCCGCAUCCACCAGCGCGCUUUGGUGCCGCGGUAUCUGUGAUGCGCGUGGCACAGCCGGCUCAGACAUGUGGACUACUCAUGGGGGGCAUUGGCGUUUGCGGCACAGUCCUGCACGACGUCUGGGAGUGGUCGCUUUCAGGCACAGCACAACCGCACUUAAGUUUCCGAGACAUGACCAACAAGGUCUGCAGUAGCUUGACGAGGUCCACUUACGCACGGAUUGGUGCCAGUCUGGUGCCCUGGGGAGACGACUUGCUUCUUAUUGGCGGGGUUUCAAAGCUGGGGAUAGUCGGUCUGGGAGAAGAGUUUAUGCUACUAACGCACAACGACACAGGGAUUGCUAUUGAGCACCCCAAGAUCCACUUGCCUGCAUGUUGGCCAUUGCUUGUUGGUGCAGGCGUAAGCGCAGUUUCUCCAAAUGAGAUUAUAGUGGCAGGCGGUGGCGCGGUCUGCUUCUCCAUGGGCUCUUUCUGGAACGAGCACUACCUCACCAUCACGUCUUCGGCGACACAAAAGCCCCGUUGGCAUGUGCUUGCACCACGAGCGGAUAGUACAGCGACAGUGAAGCCGAGCUCCUCUCCCCAAGACGAGCGCAAGGUACAGUCUAAGAAAGGCAAAAUAGCUACGAGAGGACCAAAGACCAAAGGUAUUCCUCGAGUUCAGCUGCAUAGCCCGAAAGACUUCGCUGUCUUAGUAGCAACAUCCCAACCUGCCAUCGUUACCGGACUCGACAUUGGCCCUUGCACCAAACUAUGGACACUCGACUACAUCCAAACCAAACUCGGCGCCGACCGUGAACUCGUAGUCCACGAAUGCACAACUUCAGUCAUGACGUUCGGCACCAAGAACUUCACAUACGAGAAACGAAGCGUGCCCUCCUUCUUCUCCAGCAUCAGCAGCGGCGCACCGUCUUACCUGCGCGCCAUCUCAAGCACCCAACCCAACAAGCUGCCGACGCGUUUGGAAGAUGACUUCCCCGCCAUCGCAGCGGACUUCCAUAUCCCAGAACUCUGCCGCCAAGUUAUCAACGAGGAGACAUAUCAUAGUAGUCCGUUGCGUAUCAGUGGUCCGGUAAGCUUGUGGCUGCAUUACGACGUGCAUCCCAACAUCCUCUCGCAGAUCUCUGGUUCGAAGACACUGACUCUGUACCCGCCCUCUGAUGUGCCCCAUCUAGCAUACCCACCCGGCGCUUCCUCGUCCUCACUCCCUCUCUCCGCCCUCUCACACAAGCCUGCACUCCACCCACAUGUAGCAACCUUGGCGCCUGGCGAUGUGCUCUUCAUACCGCCGAUGUGGAGCCAUACUGCGACGCCAGAUGAGGGGGUGAGCGUUGCGGUGAAUGUGUUCUGGAAGGGGUUGCGCGAUGCGGAGUACGCAGCGGGGAGAGACGUGUACGGAAACCGGGAUUUAAAGGGGUAUGAGAAUGGGAGGAGGGAUGUGGAGAAGAUUGUAAGGGCGUUCAAGGGUCUGCCAGCGGACAUUAGCGAGUUCUAUCUGCAAAGAUUGGCGGGCGAGAUACUGGAGAGAGGAAAGAAGCAGAGCGAAAAGGAGAGUACGGAGGGGAAAGAGAAAGAAAUGAUGGAGGAGAACGUCUAG